GCCUGAAGCUCAACCAAUCAUACAGGCGGAGCGGGCAGACGGGAUGACGUCAGCUUGGUCUACAUAUAGCAGCGGCGGCGGAGCAGCGCAACAUCCACUGGGAAGCGACGACGCAUCAGGAUGCCUGAACCAGCCAAGUCAGCGCCCAAGAAGGGCUCCAAGAAAGCCGUGAGCAAGACCGCCGGCAAGGGCGGCAAGAAGCGCAGAAAGACCAGGAAGGAGAGCUACGCCAUCUACGUGUACAAGGUGCUCAAGCAGGUGCACCCCGACACCGGCAUCUCCUCCAAGGCCAUGGGCAUCAUGAACUCCUUCGUCAACGACAUCUUCGAGCGCAUCGCCGGCGAGGCGUCCCGCCUGGCUCACUACAACAAGCGCUCCACCAUCACCUCCAGGGAGAUCCAGACCGCCGUCCGCCUGCUGCUGCCCGGGGAGCUGGCUAAGCACGCCGUGUCCGAGGGCACCAAGGCCGUCACCAAGUACACCAGCUCCAAGUGAGCCAGCCCGCCCCAACAACAACCAAAGGCUCUUCUAAGAGCCACCCACCUCUUCCGGAAGAGCAUAGGCCUGUUUCUCCACAGUUCAUUAACGCAUUUCGUUAUAGUCGCUGAAAAACAGUAUCCAACAGAAAUCCUAAACUAUAUUUAAGCUACUAGCCUAUAUAUUUUAAUUGUUGUACUUAGCGGUCAGAACAAAUACUUCAUGCUUUUAAUUUAACAUGGAUAGCAAUGACACAGUGAGUCUGUUAUUCUAAUCGUAAGGUUUCAGUAGACAAUAGGCCUAUUGACACUUGCUCAAUUCUCAAAAGAAAACUAGAAUAGCCUACUAACAUAGGCUAAGCGCAUUAUGCAGUUGGCCUAUUAGUCAAUAUUUGAAGUCUUCACUUAUUCCACAUCUAUUAAGUCCGAGAUAUUAUUCGAGAUAAGCGGGAAAGUUACAUAUCCGUCUCUAACUCUGUAAACAGUAGAUAGACCCCCCAUGUUUUCUCUUUGUGUUUUUACCUUUUUAUCAUUUUAAUUUAGUUAUUUUUCCUUUCCUCUUACUAUUGAUAUUUUUUUUUCCAAGUUUAUUCAUUUAUUUAUGUCAGGUUAUGUAGCCUAUUCAUUUCAUCUGCACAAGAAAAAAAGAAAAUUGUUUGAAAGAAGCACUUGACU